AUGGCGUUGACCAGCCUGAUGUGCUCGUUGACUCUCUUUGUGAUGGUGAUCCUUGGAAUUAUUUUCCCGAAUCUAGUAUUCGGUGUGUCGGCCGAUGAAAACUUCCGGAGGGUCGACCCCUCCAUGCUGCGGACUACAGUGGGCUCGUCGUCGCCGUCUCAGCAAGCGAUUGUUCCGAUAGACCCCGCGGUGACUUCGACCGCUCAAACGCCCGUGCGCGAGGCUUUUGUGAUCUCACAGAAAACCGCCCCGCUGACCAAAGACGAAGAGGAGAAGAUCAGCCAAGAAAAACGCGAGUUGUUGGAAGAAGAACGCCAAUGGAAAGAGCACAAAGCCGCCGUGGCAAAAAGACCCCGUCGGACGAAGCACAAACGACGACCCCCUACGGCGACCCUUGAUCCUAAGAAAACGUGGCAAGCUUUCCUACGUCACACCGAGCUCCAGGCACCGAACGACAAGAAGAAGGGACAGUCUCCACCAAAGAAAGUUCAUCCGUCGAUUCUCCGUACACCAUUCAACUCGUACCGAGAAGUGGAUGAAAUUCGUGUGGCCAGAGUGAACGAGAACAACUCCGGUGCGAACGCCGGCAUCAGUCGACAGGAGAUGAUAGAACACAUGAGAGACCUCAUCCGGGAUGCGACCGAGAGGGGAAUAAGCCGCGUAGACUCGAAGUGCACGACCAAUUCAACGAAGCCCGACUGUGUUGAGAAGAGAAACCCUGCGGGGCAUCCACUGCUUGAAAUUGAGAGGGCGGCUCUCAUCCCAGAAACAUACUCGGCUUUCACUUGGCGUUUGAGUCAUAAGGUCAAGGUGCGCAAACAACGUGAGGUCGAACUGAAACCGUACUAUCGGCCGCGGCUCACGGGAUCUAUCGAGCGCGGAGACGGUCUCCAUGAAGACGCAGGGAAAUUCAUUGCUCCGAUCAACGGACUCUAUGUUUUCAACGCCAACGUAUUGUUCAACGUCUCUUUGUCUCCUCUACAACAACAGCAGCAGACAUCCCCGAGCAGGAAUUCUUCCGACGGGGUCGUCAUCCUCAAGCUGUGCAUAGAUGAAAACUGCAUCACCAGCCUGUCUCUGCAAGCUAUGCGAGCUAUUGUGCCAAACGAAAGUGUAUUCACACUCAAUCUCUCCGGACCCCUGAGACUCCUGGCCGGUCAGAGUGUUUCGCUUUACGUGACCAACAAGGGAAAAACAUCGAUUGUCCGAGUUCUGGAGGAUUCUACAUUCAGCGGCUAUUUGACGUCAUACUUCUGA